GCUACCUGUCAGUGUCCAUCAGUGCCAUGUGUCAGUGCUCAUUCAUGCCACUUGCCAGUGCCCAUCAGUGCCACAUUUCAGUGCCUACCAGUGCACAUCAAUGCCACAUAUCAGUGCCCAUCUGAGCUGCCUUUCAGUGUCACCCAUCAGAGCCAGUCAAUGACACCUAUCAAUGCCAGUCAUCAGUGCCGCCUAUCAGUGUGCAUCAGUGCCGCCUAUCAGUGCCCGACAGUGCUGCCUAUUAGUGCCGCCUAACAGUGCCAGUCAGUGCCACCUAACAGUGUCAGUCAGUGCCGCCUAUCAGUGUC